AUGGCGGAUACUCGCAAAUUUAAAGCUACGGAUUUAUUUAAAUUUAACAACAUUAAUCUGGAUCCUCUAACUGAAACUUUCAAUAUUUCGUUUUACUUGUCAUAUUUAAACAAAUGGCCGAGCUUGUGUGUUGCUCAAGAGUCAAUUGCUUCAACAAAUAGCUCUUUAAUGGGUUACAUUAUUGGAAAAUCAGAAGGAAAGGGGACCGAUUGGCAUACGCAUGUUACAGCUAUCACAGUUGCACCCAGUUCUCGAAGGCUAGGAUUGGCAAAGACAAUGAUGGACUACCUAGAAACUGUAGGGGAAUCUGAAAAAGCGUACUUUGUUGACCUGUUUGUUCGAACCAGCAAUGCUUUGGCAAUCAAUUUUUAUAGAGGACUGGGUUAUUCCGUAUAUCGCCGAGUAGUUGGGUAUUAUAGCAAUCCUUAUGGGAAAGAUGAAGAUUCAUUUGACAUGCGAAAGCCUCUUGCUCGAGACACGAAUCAUCAGAGUGUUCGUGAAAACGGAGAGCAUUUUAAUUGUAGUCCUGCCGACGUUGUCUUCUAA